AUGGUGCACGAUAGUAAUAGUGAAGUAGAUGCAGCUAGAUGUAACGGAUCGAAACCGGCCGUUCUGCCCACACCUACUGCUAAGAACGCUAAGCUGUACUCCAUGAACGGAGCGAAACGUGGCAAGGUGUUGAUAUUCAAUCAGGAAAAUUUCGAUGAUGAAAGUUAUCCGGCCCGAACCGGUACGGACAAAGACGUAGAAAGAUUGAACCAUGCUUUGCCUCGACUCGGAUUCCAAAAGGAGGAUAUUGAAGUGCACAAAAACAUGAUGGACAGCGAAAUCAACGGAAUUGCGGUAAACCUGGAAAACAACGCUGAUCUGAAAACAUCCGAUUGCUUAGUGGUGGUGAUACUGACACACGGUGAAGAGAAUGACAUGUUGAUGGCCAAAGAUAAAGCGUACAAUUUGUACGAGUUUAUUGAGAAAUUUACUCCCACUACCUUGAAGUCCAUGGCUGGAAAACCGAAACUGUUUAUAAUCCAAGCAUGUCGUGGCGUUCCGAUGGGAUACAGUGGCAGAGAUCAGGUCGACUCGAAGGUGGAGAUUUUUACGUAUCCGGAAUUUGCCGAUCUGGUCGUUGUGAGGAGUUCCCAGCACAGUAACUACGGAUUUCUGGACGAACAAAGAGGGAGCUGGUUGAUUCAGGACCUGUGCCAUGUAAUCGAAAGCUGUGAGCUGGAAAAGGACACUAUUUAUGACAUUCUAACGGUAACACAAAGUGCCGUAUCCGAACGAUGCAAUGCCGAAAACAUAGGAUUUCAUAAUACGCAACAGAUUCCUAGCAUCUACUCCACCCUGACUAAGAAGCUGUACUUCAGGCCAUCAACAUAA